CACUAUGAAAGCCUCAAGAAAGCCCCUUAGUCUAAACAGGAGGACUAAGACUAUUCAAGGUAAAAGACUCAACCAUGUUCUCAAUGAAAGGACAAAGACUGCAAGAAGCAAUAACAGAAAAGAAUCUAUUCAAAAUAGAAGCUAUCAUGAGGGUUUAAGAUUAUAAACACCAGUCAGGCCAAAAGACAAGGCUUCGACUGUACAAACAACAGAAUAUUCAACAACAGCUCUACCCACUACUACAGCUACUCUGACAAAGAGUCCAAAAAGAGAAGUAUCAACUACAUGAACUACUCCAAAAUAGACCAUGACAUUAUUACCAAUAAACCUGUUGAGACUCCUUAUUCCAACUUCAGAGACAAACUUCUCAAGUUUGAGCCACAGAAGUUCCAAGAUACUAGAAAACCAAGGGUUUUGAACAGGAAACCACGCCCAGUCAAUAUUAUGAAGAAUAUUAAUUAUGUAGCCAACCUUAGCAAACUUAAUUCGUUGAAGUAAGGAAUCUGAGAGAAAGAAUAGCUCAAUGACCUUUACUAAGAAGAAUGCUGAUCUAAAGAAUGAUGGAAAGUAUGUCUUUUUUAAAAGGAAGAGUACUAAUGUUUCAAGGAGGUUUAAUGAGCUGAACUAUUCUAGUCAAAAAGGAAGAAAGAAGUAUAAUGGAAGUAGCUCAAGGACUGAGAGUUAUGUAAGAUCUAAUGCUUCGCAGAGUGCUUGAUCUGUUAGAAGCUAUAAAUCUAGUUCUGCAGUGAAGCGACUCAAAAGGAAUCUCACUGUCGAUUCUACGCUGAAGAACGGUAAAAAUAAUAAUAUUAUUGUUGAGAAAGAUAAUACAGAAACCAUCGAUCAAAUAUUUCAAAGUCUAGAACUAAAAAUUGCAGAAAAUUUUAAAGGAGAUGAGCAUGAUAAAGCUAUAAAAAGAUUGGAAUUACUCAAGAAAUAUAUAACUAAAAGCAAUGCAGAUGUUAUAGAAAUACUCAAGAAACGCCUAAUGAGUCAAUUAUUAAUCAAUAAGAAGGACUCAAACCCCUUUCUUAAAACCUCAUCUGACUCAAAAGCAUGCUAUUUUCUUAAUAUUCUAGGCUCCGAGGGAACAAACACUACUCGACCACCUAAGCGAAACACUAAAAGACUCCAACAAAACCUCCGAAUGUUCGAACCUCCAAGACCCUGAUUCACCUUGCCCACAAGAAGAUGUCGAAAUGUCUGAAAUAGAACGCUUAAUAAUCUCCCUUCUCCAAAUUCCAAAUCCUGCUCAAGCCCAGUGCCGUAAAGAGCCAGCUUCACGUACUCUAACUAAACGAGAGAGGAUCCGGAUACUGUCUCAGGAGAUACAGAAGGAGAAGCAGCUCAGGAAGGAAAAUGAACAGAUGUUGUUGAAGAUAAAGAGGAAUCUUAGGAAGUAAAAUAAACUUUCGGUCGUCCUUGUUAGCAUAAAUCAUUAGUUUUGGAAAUACAUACAUAUUUUAUAGUUGC